AGUUAACACGUGUCCUCCAAGUUGAAUGCAUCGCACGUGAGAUGAUCACCGCCGACGUUUCUUAACUUUCACUUUUGCAUUGCGGACUCGUGGAACCGCCUUGUAUGUGGAGUAAUCGGCCGGUGCGCCGAAACUCACCACACGCACGCACGCCGAAGUGCCGAGCGAUGAGGGCGACGACGGGCGAGAUGCCGCCAAUGGCAGACGCAUGUGUGGUGUCUAAGCGUGGUAUUUUGCUGGUGUCAAGACGGUCAAUCGUUUCAGUUUAGUUCGUUGAAAGGCGCGUCGCGAUGCAGUUGUGUUCCCAAGUCGCGAAGAUGGCAUUCAGCAAACAAACAAAAUGAUAAGCAAACAGUGCAUUGGUGCGGGCCAGACAGUUACUAUUCAAAUUGUAUUGGGCGCUCUCUCGGGUGUUUCUUACAGAGUUGUGGAUUAAAAUUUAAAAAGUCGUUAAAUAAAAUAUAUUCAAAUUAAAUACUUAAAUUCAUGCUAAAAUUCCAACAGUGCAGUGCUUCAAACUUGGAAGUGAGUGCUUGCUACCAAUGCUUCUGUGCAUUAAUUGUAAGAAUUAUCGAAAAAAUAUAGAGGAAUAAAUCCUUAAAUGAAAAUAAAAAUAGAAUAAUUGAAAAUUUAGUGAAAAGUGUAGUUUAAAUGUAUAGUUUAAUAUUUUAUUAGCGUCAAAAUAAGAAAGUGCAGUAGUAAGAAAAUAAUUAAUUUAAUAAACUAAAAAUUCAGAUACAAAUGUUUGGCUCAGAAAGUUGCAUCUAACUUUUUUCUUAAAUAAAUCCGUAACUGACUUCCGGCCUAUAUUGCCACCACGCUUUUCGCCAAUUCUCCUCUCCCUAACGCGAUUGCUCGGCUGCUGGCAAACGAUUGGCGUUUAAUAGCCGUUUAUCCAGAAUUUAAUUUACGCAAUUGAUGUGCCAUGAACGAGGCAACCAUGAACCCUGACCACAUAGUGUCAACACAUCAGGCAACGAUGAUGCCGCUUCUGCCGCGCUCGCGAAAUGAUGACGCCAGCAGCAGAUGAGACCGCGACAAGAGCAAUUAAGCACUCAUUGGAUUUGUUAUUGCACCAAUUAAGUGCGCCAUUAAAAGUAUUAAAGAAGAAAGUCCGCAUUAAACGCGAGCGGAAGAGAUAGUGGAAAUAGCUUAAGUAAAGCCAACCACAAAUCCGACUGAGGUACCUAAGUCAAAGCAGAAAGCCAGAGGAGCAGAGAAGCAGAGAAGCAACAAAGUAGAGACAGCUAAUGUUGUAAGUAGCAGCACCUUGAAGCAGACUACAAGCGAGUGAAGCGUCUGAAACCUCGCGCUUCCAACAAUUGAGAUUCCCCCUCACAAACGCACAAAUAGAAUCUACAAGCUGUAACAUUAAAUAAUUAGUGGAUACAUUCCAAAUAGCAAUCAGCAAAACGAUGUGGACUCGCACAGCUUACCAGCGGCCGUUGGUAUUGCUGAUGUUGUUGUUGCAAACAUGCUCUGACUUCAAUUUGCAUGCGGAUGCUGGUGUUGCCGCGUCCCCCGCAGUGCUGCAGUCCGCCGAGGCGGAAGUGAACUCCGAGCACACUGACCUAUAUAACAUCCGCCACGGACGCUCCAAGGUGCGACACUCCAACGAGAAGGAUCAUCUCCUUUGGGCCAUGCGACCACAAAACACGCCAGCAGGAAACGAUAAUGCCAAAGCAGCCGUUAACAUCCGACCACAAGGUGCGGGCGGAAGGAGUAUCACCGCAAAUACGUCACAAAACGCCGCGGAUGCAGCAAGCAGUGACAUUAUAGCCAGCGACUACGAUAAUGAGUUGAUGUCCGGUGCUGCAGAAAGCAUUGCGUAUAACCUAACUGUGCGUCAGAGCAGGAUAACAGCUCAACAACUCAGCGAAAAGCAAAGUCGGUUGGGUGGACUUUGGAGCAUCGAUGCGGACAGUAGCAUACAAACGGGCAAUGGACAUUUAUUCGGCAGUGAUUAUUGGCGAAACUCGGAUGCGAAUGGCUCUUUGAUAAGCUCGGCGGAAAUUAACCCGGCGCAGCGAGCGCAAUCUGCCACACAUGCAAUGCCAGAAAGGCGGUCACAUUCAAUUGCCACCGCGGCACUGAAUUCAGCUAUUAAACGAAAACACACUGAAAACUCACACAUAUCGCUGGAUUAUUCCCACCAAGCUGCGAAAACCACCGACACGCCAGAUGCUGGUCCUGGUGGGCUCGCCACCACGGAGGCGCCAGUGACACAUCGCAUACGCAAACUGCAUAUGAAGAAGAUAAUGGAGAGCAUACGCAACAGCGCCGACAAAGGUCUCGGUGUGAAGACAUCGAAGAGCCAUCAUCGCAGCCUCAUGACCGCCGAACAGCUGCAGGGUAGGCCAAUGGAUGUGGAGCUACUAAGUGGUCAAGAUAGUGCUGCGGACGACACAGACAUGCAGGAUGAUGACAGUGUGGAGGACAAUGCCGACAGUGACGCUAUUAACAGCAGCGUAGAUGAAACUGCCACCGAUGAUGAAGAUGCGGACGGAGUCAGAGAUUUGAACAGCCGCAGUGAUGAACAAGACGCGGAUAGCGAUAACGGCACGGCUGGUAAUGAGGACGCUAGUGAUGAAAGCAAUGCCGAAGACAUGGCCAGCAUCGAUGGAAGUGAAGACGCUAGCGAUAACAUAUUGCCAUCCGACAUGGAUGGCAGCAGCGACAGUGACGGCGCAUUGAAUGAGGUUUUGCAAUUAGCAGACGAAUUAGAUAUAUCCGUCAAUUCCAUGGAGGAUGUCUACCAAAACGACGAAUACAUGACGACAACCUCAAGCUAUGUAACCACAAGAGCCGCGGAGAGUGCUGAGCUCACUGAGCAGGCUGCAACAUCACCUACACUUUUGAGUGGUGGAGCAAAUGAACUCGUCACCAAAAUGCUCAACGACGGUGCUAUUGUUAAGACCAUCACAAGCGCUCCUAUGGAGCCAAAAAAGGCAACAACGAAAUUGCAACUCGUACAGAAAACUAUAACACCAACAAAACUAACGUUGCUGCCGACAAUCGCAACAAAGGAUUUUGUGCAACCGAAACUCGCAACCAUAAGGAAGUGGAAAAAUCAGACUCAGUCUGUGGCGCACCAAAAUGAAAUUUCCACAAACGAGCGAAGCGCGUGGCAUGAUGCUGGCGGUGGAGCGUCAUGGAGAGGCAGUUUAAAUGAGCAUGACUCUGUUAAUACGAAGAUAGCUGAUUCGAAACCUAAAGACCUCGUUUAUUCGCAUGAGGUGCAUGACGCAAUUGAGGUGUCGCAGUUCGAAAGCGCUGAGGCCAGCAACGAGACGGCACCAUUUGCUGACGAAGACAAUGCAACUUUGAGCACUCUGGAGCCCAUUAAAAGUGGAGCGGAGGACCGAGAUGUCAUCUGGUUAAACAGUAACUUUUCGCAAGAGCCCAAUCAGUUAGCGAGCACGAGUGUCGGUGGUGUUGGCUUGGACCGACAGCAGUCUUUCGAGAUCGAAGAGAUUAAUUUCGAAAAUGUUGUGCUAGAAAAUGCUGACGACAUAACAAUGGACGACGGCCAUAUGGAUAAUCGUAAUGCGCACGGUUUUCCAGUGAGUAAUACGGGUGAUGUGAGUGCGGAUGUAAAUGGUAGUGAAGAGGACGGUAACGAAACGGAUAACGGUGAAGACGAUGAAACGAAUCGGUUCUUGGCCGGUGUGGUAGAUGCGGCAAACGAAGAUGAGAUUUACGAUUGGGACGAGAUAUCGCGUAAUAAUCGUCGAAAUCUGAUGCGCGGUCGUGACGUCGUAACGAAGUUCUUGCAAAUCGUUGAAACACAACAUUUGCUCGGUGCCAAUUGUGAGGCGGGUACGUCGUUAAAUUUAGGCGAAGGCGUGGUCGAUCGUUACGCGCAGGAUCGCUUUCGUGUUGAAGCCGAAGUGGCGGUGAAUCGGGCGAACAUGUUGACCAGAAUUUUCAAGAUGACUGCACCGGCCGCGCAGGCCGACGUUAAUCUGCUGCACGCUUCCGUGCUUUCGAUGGUCGAAUUCGACGACGACAUUUUUGCCGCUGGCAAUUGUUUCGAUUGGAAUGAGCAUCCUUCGCAGUCGGGACUUUUCUGCCCGUUCGCCUAUCGUCUGCCAGCCCCACACCUGGGCGCUAUACUGGCCAAGGACCUCUCCAUGGAAUAUCAUUAUCUCGGCAACACGUCCGAAUGGUUCUUUCAAGCGCGAAAAAACGCCGAAAAAGUGAUUAUCCGCAACGAGCAAUACCUAAAGUCUUUCCAUCUUUACUCCAACAAAACCGAUGAGCGCGUUGAGGACGACACGCUGGCAGUAAAAUACGAGGACGGGCGCUGGUCCAAGCCUUACUAUGACUGCGGUGGUGGCAAUAUUUGGAUGCUGACGUAUACGGUGCCGUUUUUCGGCUACGAAAAUGGAACAUAUCAUUUCAAAGGAACUUCGGGCAUCGACAUCGACUUGAGGCGUGUGGAUAUCGAUCAAUGUCCGCAGCGCAACUCGCCAGGCACCACACAACCCCUCAACAUAUUCGCCGGCACCGACAAGUGCAAACAGCGCACAACAAUGUGUGAGGCUUUGAAAGGAUUGGGCUUUCGCCGUGGCUCCUACAAAUGUGUCUGUCGCAAGGGCUACUACUUUCCAGACACCAUGUCUUCGCAAAAGUUCUUCAAUGGCAGCCUGCUGGAGGAGGAGUACGAGAAGCUAAUGCUGGGCAGAAACUCCACCUACAACAUCAUCAACGAGUACGAGUGCCUGCCGUGCGCCGAGGGCUGCGAUUACUGUGAGGACGGCUCGCCUUGCAUUGCAGCGCUUAAUUGGCCGAUGCGAACGAGCAUUUUGGUGCUGGCUUGCACCGUCAUAGGUUUGCUGCCGCCGGCCGCGUGGUUCACAUUCCGUUAUCAACAAGUGAAGGUUGUUCGUGCCGCCAGCCCGGCUCUGUUGCGCGUCAUUGCCUUAGGCGCCUUCUUCAUCUACUGCACAAACAUUGUGAUGUACCCCAAUCCGAACCUGUACACCUGCACGGCGCGAAUAUGGCUACGCGAAAUCGGAUUCUCACUGACAUAUGGCGCUUUGAUGCUGAAAACGUGGCGCAUUUCGGUGAUAUUUCGUGUUCGUUCAGCAAAAGCGGUGAAAAUCACAGACGCAGCACUACUGAAGCGGCUCGGCAUUAUUUGCGGUGUCAUUGGAACGUGCCUGCUGGUGCGUACUUUGGUUGCACCGCCCGAUGUUGUGGUUGGCCGCACUGCUGAUGAUCUGAAAGCAUUUUUAUGCAAAACGGAUUACUGGGAUUACACUUUCACAUCGAUGGAGGUGCUAUUUCUCGCCUGGGGUGUGCGCCUGUGCAUUAUGGUGCGGAAGGCGCCGUCCGAAUUCAACGAGAGCCGCUUCAUCUCCAUGGCCAUCUACAAUGAAUUCCUGCUGACCUGUUUCCUCAACGUCUCCAUGCUCUUCCUGCAAUCACCGGCUAAUCCUGACCUGCUCUACAUCAUUUUCUUCUGUCACACACAAUUGACGGUGACACUUUUAUUGUGUUUAAUAUUCGGCAGCAAGGUUUACAUUGUGCUGCGCAGCGGCAAAUCGCAUCAGGAGACCAUCGGCAUGGGCGCCAAGUCCUCCGGCGCCAAAUUCAAUUUUCGUCCACAGGUGCGCACCUUUGCUAAUCCCAGCUCGGUUACCACCUCCACCGUUCCAGUGGCGGGCACCACAUCAGGCGACACAAAACUUUCGGACCAAGAAGCACUUGAAGAAAUCCGACAACUGAGUGUGCAGCUACAGCGCAUUCAAGAGAUGGCGCCGCCGAAAGGUGUUGCCGUUAUGACAAUCUCCAGUCUCUUAGACGGCCUUAAGACGCCAGGCGGUAUGAUUAUGGUCGCUGCCGCCGCAUCGCAGGCGGCCACUUCGAACAACCAACUAACCGUGCGCCCAUAUACGCCUGGCAGUGGUGGCGGUGGCGUAACUGCAAGCAGUGCCGGCGGUGGCGCUUUGCCACUGCUCUCACUCAAUACUGAAAUGGAGAAGUACAAUCAACAGAUGCACACAACGCACAACAACAAUGUUACGGCAGCUGCGGGCAAUGCUGCUAAGCCUACACAACCGAAAACACUAAUGCUGGAGGUGGAGACCAGCACAACCACAAUCGAGGAGUCUUUGUUGGCGCUGCGUGAAGACCGCGCCAUCAAUACAGACUUGACGCGGAGCGAGGACUUCCAUCAGCAAGCGUUGGGCUGUGCGCAGGGGCACAUCAUUUGUACGCGUUGCUUGGUUAUUUCCAAAGAACACUAUUUCAGCUGCCGGCCAUUCACCCCGCCACAUGGCUUAGUGGGUGGAGAUGAUGGUAGUGGGAAAAAACAACGGGGUGGCAAUAGUGAUGGUUGUAAAUAUAGUGGUGCCACUUGUCAACAGCUCGGUUCACCACAGCCGGAAGGCAGCAUCAGCUUUACGAAUAUAAAACUGGAAUGUAUGUGCUCGCAGCCUGACUUGGACAUCGAUGCAGAAGUGGAACUGCCCCUCAGGCGGCGCAUCAAUGUACGCAGCGCGGCCACCAAUACACCACCUUCCACGCGAGGCAGCAGCAAGCGACGCAGUGGCCGCACGAAAACGAGCAGCCCCAGCUUGCAGGAUAUCGGCAGUGAGAGUCUGGGAGCAGACGUGCGCUAUCGUAUAUGUGAUAAUUGUAAAAAUAAGUAUCGUAAUAGCAAUAAGUGUGGCGGUAGAAAGUUCCGAAAAAGUAUCAAGAAUGGACGAAACUCGCGCCAGCUAUCGUCCGCCGCAACAGCAGCAGCUACAAUAAUCAGAGCCGGCGAUGAACGUCAUUCACAAAAGCUCACCUUAGCUGCACGAACUGGCGUUACACAGACGCGUAGCAAUGACCUGCUUGACCGUCAACCGGCGACUGACCAUACCAGCACCGCAGCAUCCGCGAGUCAAAGACAAAAGACGCACUCCACGGACGACAUCAUCUUCUACACAACCACCGAUGAGAGUAGCACCAACAGUGAUGACACUUCAGAUUGCGAAGGCGCGUGUAUUCGGCUGCGAAAUCGACAACGCGAAUUAACUGUUCAAUCGACUUCUGCACUCAGCACAGUAAGCGGCGGUUGUGGCACGUUACACAAAGACGCUGUGGCCACUUCAGAAGACUCUAUGGCGGCAGCGUGUAUAGCGGCAGUGGCGAAUGUUGGCGCUGUGAGUGGAGAAGUUGCAAACAAUGCACACUCGACGGUUGAUGUGCCGCACGAUUCAAACGGCUCUGUUACAAAUGAAGAAGCCAAGCCAAGCUAUGCAGCCGUUGAAGACAACAGCGCGCCAUCUAAUGGCGCUGGGCGUGCAAAGCGGCCCGACAAACUGAUACUCGAUCUGAAUGAUCGCUCCAAGUACACUAAAGAGGUUUCUGUUUAGGUUAUUUUGGUUAGAAAUGUAGGUACUCUCAUGUAAGUUAUGUUAGAGAGCGCUUAGCUAGUCAGGUUUUGUACAUAGAAAUACUAAAUAGUAGAAGAUUAAAGUUUUCUUAAUGAACUUAGUAGAAAUUAAAAAAGUUAAGUGGAAAAGCAUGGGCCUGCACAAUUGCAUAUGCACUCUGACGAUUUGAAAAUGUGUAACUAAAACUAUAAUAAUUACGUGCUACUAAAAAGAAGUGGGAGCAUGUUGAAUACUCAGUAGGCUUACUAAGCAUUAGUUAGGUAAUGAGACUUCGUAGGAGUGUGUACCUAGAUUAUCAGCCAUUUGAUGGCUUUAUUUGCAUUAUCUUAUAAAGUUUGGCAAUUUCUAAAAUAUUACUGACUCAUAAGUGAUAUUGUAGUGAGAGUAUUUACCAUAUAUAUAUUUAUUAUUUAGGUACUACUUAAAGGUAAGUGCGUUGCUUAAACCUUGAGUUUUUGCCAGCUGAGCUUCAUCAUUUAUACGCUGCGAAGUGCGCUCUUGAGGCGGUAUAUUGUUUGAUGAAAAAUUCGGUAUGCUAUAUUUUGAAAAGAGUUUGCCGAGACAAGCACGAUUCUUUAUACCAUUGAGUCCAAGCUGUCUAGCUUUAUAUUCUGGUAGACUCUACCAUUUUUAUUUCGUAUUAUAUGUGUUUGUCGAAAGCUAAACUUAGUUAAGCUUUAGUAGCACAUUUUUCCCUGAUACUUCUUUCACCAGUUAAGAUUUGUUCCUGAGGUGGGUACAGAGAAUAGAAAAAAUAUGAAAUCAAGGACCAACAUCAUAAUUAUUCUGGUGCAGUUGUUUGGAGUUUCCCCAAAAUGCUUUAAAAAUGUUGAGCCUUUUGGAUAUGAAUGCUAGAGCAUUGUAAGAAGGUAAAACUGUAGGCUAUACAGAAUCCGAGGAACUCCUCGUCGCGGUGCCAUAUAAAAUUGGUUGUCUGAGUUCAAAACUCUAAAUUUCUUCUGUCGCGCCCUUUUCUAGGGAUCAACAAAUAAACAUUUCUUUCAACAAAAUAUGAUAUUCGAGGAUAUAUCAAAAACAUGACAUAUGUAGGUAGCAAAAAGAAAAUGCUUGUAUGUUCGGAAAUUUUCCACUAGGGUUAGUUGGUUGACAUUGUCAAAGCUUAGUAGUUUCUCGAUUGAAUACUGAUAUGUGAUGCCUGCUUGCAAAACGCUUCUUAGAAUGUAAAUAUUAGGUAGUCGAAAAAGUAUUUACGCAUUUUGUCAGUAGCUGUCAUACCAUAUAGUGUUGGAAAGGUGAGCUUUUAAGCUUCAAUUAACCAAAAAAAAAAUUAUAAGCCUUAUUCCUUAUUAUAAGUUCCUUCUCCGUAAUAUUCAAGCCGUCAGCCGUUGUAAGCGUUGAUGAAGAAGCUCUUCGGUGAACUCAAGGCUUUUAGAGCACUGUGAUUUGUGUAUAAAACUAGUAGAUUUAAGAUAGCUAAAAGAUAUAGGUAGUUUUAAAGCAAAUAUAAAACAUAUGUAGGUAUUUUUUUCUUUCUAUAAUAUAUUGCUCACUCUUUUUCUCCUUCAAUACUUCAUAUAAUAAGUCUUUUGUCACUUCCGAGUCAGCAUAUACAAAUUUUCAAUUGAAAUUUUAUAUUUUAAUCAUUAUUAUCUUGCUUUUACUGUAAGUGCAUGUAAAUAUCCAGCUUGAAACACUCGCUUCCAAUGAGAUUCUUUGAGAUUCUCUCGUCUACUGGUGCCAAACUAUGGCAACUGAUUCUGCAACGGAAAUGAGCCCUGAGUUGCACAAUCAUUUCGCCAUGAAUUGGCGCCAAGCGUCAGUGUGUGGAAUCCAAUGGAACUGCAGCGUUUCUAGUAACUUAGUUAGCAUCAUACACAGUUGGAUUACUCUUAGCGCUAACGCAAUUUAGUCACCUAGAGGAAGCAUUUCUAGCUGUGUGUAAAUAAUUUAUGAACUAACUUUUUUCUUAGGAACGCACUCAUGUUCAAAUAAAGUGUGUUUGCGACUAGUGGAAAAAGUGAGGAAAUAUUUUUUACUCUUAAGUAUUAAAAAUUCACAUAUCUCUGCCAAAGAAAUUACGUUAAAGUACCAAAAGUAAUGAAAAGUAUUAUUAAAAUUUGUAAUUACCGUAUAUAAUUCAUAAAGCUAGCUCUUAAGUAUUUAUUAUGUAAAGCAAGUUUGUUGGUCAUUAAAACUAACUGUAUAUAGGUAAAUAAAUACAUAUGUAAAGCGCAUUCGCAUAAAUGUUUACUUUGUGGCACUCAACUUGGCGAAACGUAGUAAUUAGGUAAGUAUUUGUACUUCUGCACCACAACAACAUUCAAAGCAAACAUUCUCCCUUUGCCGCUGCUGUUCCUUACUCCUUUUGCCUUUGACGUUGGCAAUUUUAAUAAGUUAUUCCUAGUAAAAUAGGCCCACUCGUCGCUUUCUGUACGGCAAGCCAGGGUACUCUUUAGCAAGAAAUUUAAUAAAUCAGAAAACACAAUUUUAUACACACUCGGCUAACGGCAUACACAGCGGCUGGCCAAUUAAGCCGCUUUGCACGAUAAGCCAGAAUU